UGCUGUGAACUUACUCCUGUGGAAGAAAAAGUCACUCGUCAAUGAACACAACAUGGCCAUGGAGCGGAUCAAAAACUGCUGCAGGACGCUGAUGAAGAGAGAUCAAGAACCUCCAGGCAUCGCCUUCCAGAUCCCCGUCACCAAAGACUACCUGCAGUCCAAACUGCCCCAUGACGGCAGGGAGGUGCCCUUUUUCCUGCCCAGCCUGCACGCCUCCUACGUGCAGCCUGGUGCCAACCUCCGCUACGGCCUGCCAGGUCCGGUCCGCUGCACGUACGCUCAGAGGAAGACGGAGCUGCAGCACGACGUCGGGCCCUUCGGGUACAGCUCCGAGUCCGACCUGCUGGUGGGUCGCCGCCGUGAAGGGGACAUCGGCAGGAGGAAACGCUCCUCAGAUGUUCCUCAGGAGUUGAGCACGUCCAUGUUUGAGCUGAGCAGCCCUGACAGUCCUCACACGCAGAGUUCGGAGUCCACGUCCAGCAUGGUCAGCACGCCGUCCUCCGUCAUGGACUCCUUUCAAAGCAGCACAGAGUGUGUGCCUCGGACGGACGGCGACGUGUGCAGGCUGUGUGUGCGACUGAGCUACCAGGAGGAGACGGAACAGGUGUGGAUCACGUUGGUGCAGUGUUCAGAACUCAAGCUUCCAAAGGACGGGACGCCAAAGCCAAAGAUCCGGAUCAGAGGAAUCAUCAGCAUUCCCAAAGCUGUGCACUUCAAGAGCUCCGUCAAAGAAUACUGUCAGCACGCAUCCUUCAUGGAGACCUUCGUGUUUGCGCUGAGCCUCCAGACGCUGCGCAGUAGCGCUCUGGUCCUCCGGCUGCAGACGUGCGUCCUCCAAAAACGCACGGUGGCCGAGGGCGCCAUCUCGCUACGGCAGCUCGGGCCCCAGGAGACCGAACACUGGCUGCACCUGAGAGCUCCGCGCAAGUCCUCUGUGAGCGGCUGCGAGCUGCACGUUCUCACCUGCUUCCAGCCCGUCUGCAGGCGCAUGCAAGUCCAAGUCCUCGCCGCCCAAAACCUGCCGCCAUGUUUGGCGCUCCUCCGCCCAGCUUUCAUGGUCACGGCCGAGCUUCACCAGGUGGAUGGUCAGGUGACCAAGAAGAAGACGCGAGCCCUCAAGGCCGCUGAGGGGCGGUGCCAGUGGGCGGAGACUCUUCACUUCCCCAUGGCCGCUCUAGACCCCGCCUGCUCGCUGGCUAUCAAACUCUACUGCAGAUCCCUCAACAGGAACACUUGUCUGGGACAGGUCCUGCUGGGACUGCACAGUUGCUCUCCAGAAGCUGUGGAGCAGUGGAAGGACACCAUGGAGCAUCCUGAGAAGGUGGUGUCGGCGUGGCACCAUGUCACCUAACAUGUCACCCACCCACCUACUGUACUAUGUCAGCGAACACGGGAGCUGAGAAGCAGACUCGACAUUUCAGCAAGGUUCCACGCGAGCUUGGAAAGAAAAGGUUGAGAAGUAGUAUUACUCAAUUUUAGCUACAAAGGACACCUUGUCGUGGAAAUAAGCACUUUUUUGAAUGAACUGUUUCCUAUUUAAGAUGGAUGGAUUCAAUAAAUGAGUCAUUUAGUUUGUG